AUAGAUCAGGGGGGGGCGUGUGGUGUUAUGGGCUGUGAUGAGCUGUGUGUUGUGGUGGAGAGGGGUGAGGCAAACAGAGGUGAAGCCAGACCGGAAGGGUCAGAUCGGAAGUCGGCGACACGCGGUCGAAGGCUAGCACGUGGAGUCAGUCAGAAAACAGAAAGGUUACGAGAAAGACGUGUUCUGAUCAGGAGCGAUCGCGUACUCCGCUGCGGUCGACAAGGUAAACAGACAACUGACUGUUCAAAGAAGACUUCAAAACUAAUAGUUGCUUCUCUUGAAGAUGGACGAAACUUGGCACGUGGUGUUAUCGAGUCCCUACAGAAAAAAGGUUCAACUCCCAGGGACGUUCAUGCUGAUAUGGUUGCUACAUUAGGGGAUGAUGCUCCAGCUUCAUCAACAGUGCAAAAGUGGGCAGCUGAAUUUAGGAGGGGAAGGGAGAGUCUUGAAGAUGACCCAAGGUGUGGAGCUGCCACCACUGACGAAAACAUUAAGUUCACCACAUGGUGAUGGAUGACAGGUAAUUGACUAUGAAUCAAAUAGCCAAUGCUAUUAGCAGAUCCCAUGGGAGAGUCAAGAAUAUUCAGCACAAUGAACCUGGCAUGACAAAGGUUUCUGCUUGGUGGGUAAUCACAUCACAGGGAUAUCUGACAUUGAGGCAGAUCCAGUUGGUUUCCUUGAAUGUUUCCUAAUCCAGGAUGAGCUAGAAACAAAGAGGCAAUCCAUGCAGCGGAAACAACCUUCCUCACCAGCUUUAAAGAAGGUCAAGGUCGUUUCAUCUGCAGGGAAGAGGACGGCCUCAGUUGUCUUUUUUUUGGAUGCAAAGGGCAUUGUGUUUAUCAACUAUCAUCAAAAGGACCCCAACAUCAGUGAAGAGUACCAUGGCAACUUGCUGAGGCUAUCAAAACCCCAACGCCCAGGAAAAUUUAUUAAAGAAGUCUUGUUUGAUCAGAACAAUGCUCUACAACACAAGGCAUUGCUGCAGUUUUGAACCGGUUGAUUACUCUCUGGCCCCAUCUACCAAUCAUCUGUACCCCAAUAAGAAAAAAUAUUUGGUCAGGGACCAGUAUAGCAGUGGUGAUGAUGUCAUAUCUGUUGUUGAUGACUUUUUUUGACCAACAGGAUGAAAGAUUCUUCAGCAAUGGGAUUCAAGUACUGCAACACCGAUGCAAGAAGAAUGUGGAACUAUGUUGAAAAAAUAAACCUCAUUUGAUCCCAUUUCAUGAGAGUAACUUCAUCAGCCUACAGACUUUUCAGUCAAUAUAUAUUAAUGUUGAACAAACGAGAAAGGAGUACUCAAUAAAUGUUGUAGAGGA